CUCCCUUCCAUCAUCCUUAGUUCCUUACAACAAAAACAAUAAAAUACUAAAAAAAAAAAAACUACACUUCACCCACCAAACCAAAGCAAAAGGGAAAGAGGACGAUCGGGAAAGAGAGUGUCUUUAAUUUCACAGUUUCAUAGCAAUUAUCGCCGAAAAAUGCAAAAUUUCCACUCAUAUCUCUUUGUUUAUGACAUCUAAAACAUCUAUCUACUCUCUACCCACUUUCUCAGUUCCAGGUCAGCAAGAGAAACAGUACUUAUCCAUAUUACAGGGUUAUGUGAACUGAAGAGGGAGGGUACUGGUUUGUGGAGGCAGUGACACUUUUGCAAGCUUAGAAUCCUCUAUCCUAGUUUUUUGUGAAAACAAAUAGUGUGAUGCUUUUGGAGGCUCCUUUUCUCAAAGCUUGCGUGUAGCACUAUCUGCAUUUUGGUGAUAAGUUGAAGUGUGGGAAAAAAUCUAAAGCUAAAGAGAGUUUGGGAAGCUGGAACAAUGGGUUCUGUUUGUUGUUGUUUGAGUUUUGAUGAUUUUGAAGAUUAUGUAAAUCCAAAUAGUCCUGUAUAUAGGAACUGCGUGUGUCUCAGUUGCUUGAUACAGAACCUUUUGAGUGUGUAUUCGUCAAUAUUCCGUAGAGGGGAUGCUCAUUCAAUUCCUUCGUCUAUUCAAGGGGCAGCAUCUAUAACUUCAGCAGCAUCACUCGAUAAUUCACUAUCUGACAUGUACCGCUCUCCUCCAAGGCCAUUACCAUAUGAUGCAGAACCCAGAUAUUUUCGCUCACAACGUGAUGGACUAGUUUCAAGGCGUGAGAAGGGUUCAAGUCAUUCAAAUGAGGAAACAGAACCUCUAAGAAGUGAUGCAGAUCUGGAUCCAGAGUCUUUAAAUUCAGGAGACAAAUGGAAUGAAAGUGCCUGUGAAGCUGGGUCAAAGGAAUACCAUUCUAAGUCCUCCCUAAGACUUCAAUCAACAAAAUAUUCAACUGGAGUGGGCCUUGUCUAUGCAUCAUCAGAGGAGGAGGAUGUUUGUCCAACUUGUCUUGAAGAAUACACUAAAGAGAAUCCAAAGAUAAUGACAAAAUGCUCUCAUCAUUUUCACCUUGGUUGCAUUUAUGAGUGGAUGGAGAGAAGUGACAACUGUCCAGUUUGUGGAAAGGUGAUGGUAUUCGAUGAAACGACUUUCACUUGAUUUCAAGGUUUAUGUUGUGGAUGAAGCCAGCAACUGAGGCAUGGAAGAAUACAAGUAUAUAGACAUUGUGAAUACUACAGAUUAAGUGUUUGUCAUGUAUAGUAAGAAUGAAAAGUUUCCUUAACCAUUGUUGUGAGUUCAUUCUAAUCCCGCUUGUUUUUGUGUUUUAAAAUUUCCACAUGUCCAAAACUGUGAAGAAAGAAAGAAUAUGCAAUUUUAGAUGGAAAACUUUGUGAUGGCUUCAACAUCUUAACCUGUGAUUGUUUCUCUUCUGA